AUGCAGAAUUGGCUAACUGAUAAAGGCAUACAAUAUGAUUCAACAAUGCUCAAGCCACAAUUGUACAACUUGAUAAAAGCUAAUAAAGAAAGAUUUAAAACUUUUUCAAUAGAUCAAAUUUUAGCAGAAGCCAACCAUAGCAUAUUGAGAUUACCGCCUUACCAUCCAGACCUCAACCCCAUAGAAAUGGCAUGGGCUACUAUUAAACAAUAUGUAGCUAGCAAAAAUGUUAAAUGGAAUUUACAAGAAUGUACCAAACUUAUCAAAGAAAAAGUAUCCUUAAUGGGUGCCCAGGAAUGGGGAAAAAUAUGUAAAAAGGUAAAAGAUAUAGAAGAAGAGUACGUCAAGAGUGACCAUGUAGUUGAUUUAAUUACCGAGCAAUUUAUAAUUCGCGUCGAUGAUAGUUCCAAAGACGAUGAUUCUGAUGAUGGUUAUGAAGAUGAUGGUGAUGACAACUGCAACCGAGGAAGCCCUGAACCCGGACCCUCAACAAGCAAAAGACGUUGCACAAUUUCGUGUCGCGGCAGCACCACUGGACCAUGCGGUGAUUUCAUAGAAGGCGUUAAACCUUUAACUGAUUCAGAAUCUGAAUAG